AUGGGUGACCAUUGUAUGGUCAUCAGCGGCGAAUGGAAGUGUUCUCCAGAAGGAAAAUGGGAUUUCGUUAUUGACAAGCAACGCAUGUCUCGCGUGGUGUCAUUUCAAGACGGGAUGACUAUUGACGAGCUGAAGAGGAACGUCUUUGGUGAAUUCUUCGCCGACGGCGGUUGUGGGAUGGUCGUCGACUUAAGCUACUGGCCACCUAACACGAACGAGCUUGCAACGGGGAUUACAACCCCUCCAGUCAUGGUAACAAGUUCGCCUUCCAUAUCCUAUUUUUGCAAGCAUUACAGCGUCAAGCGCUCAAUGAACUUGUUCGCCACCUUUGGUAAGCGACCCACGUCUACCCCUCUCGCUGAUGUCGGUGUUCCUUCUGACAGUUUCACAACACCUAAGCCGACGAUGAAAAGAAGCCGGUUUAGUGACGACGCCAGUGUCGACGGAAGGUUCGGUCUGGGCAUUGAAAAUUCCGGAGAUUAUGGGUCCUCUGCUGGUUCGCGAAAACCCCAGCCCGAUUUCGACGACGAGCUUAUCGCGAAACACAUGGAGAGAGUAGAGAACGCUCUGGGUAGGGGAAGCCAUACGAACGAAGACUUGUACAGCAUGAACACCACAUCAAACAUGAAUGUUCAGGCAAAUGUGGACGAGAUGGCCCGCGUCCAGAGUGGGAAACGCCACAUGUUCGCCCACCUGGAUACUGGUUCAGAUAAGAGUGUUCACGGGACAGUAGACGAGAUGGCCCGCGCCCAGAGUAGGAAAUGCCACAUGUUUGACCACCAGGAUACCGCUUCAGAUAAGAGUGUUCACGGGACGGUGGACGAGCCAAUAAGCGAUGCAUCAGGGAAGGGGUUCACUUUCGACGAUCUGAACACUGAUACGGAGCAAAGUGUCCACGAAUCAAUGGCCGACCUGAUGAGUGAGCUAAGUGGGAAAGGAUACAACUCCGACGACCUGAACACAGACGAGGAGGAUAAUGGACAAUAG